UUUGAGACGAAGGGAGUAAUUAGAAACAACAGACUUCGGGUACACAGGAGACCGAAUCAGGGAAUCUCGCAGUUACGGCACACAUUUCUAGUUCUCCUUGUUCUCUUCGUCUUCAAAGUCCAACUCUCUGAUCAACACUCUUCCCUUCCAUUAACCCAAAAUCGAUAAACAAAUCCAACAAAAAUGUCUCAGAAUCCAACAUACGACGUGAUAAUCUUAGGUGCUUCAGGUUUUACUGGUAAAUACGUUAUUAGAGAAGCUCUCAAAUUCCUCAACGUUCCAUCUUCCCCUUUGAAAAACUUAGCCAUAGCUGGCCGUAACACUUCCAAACUUUCCCAGGCUCUACAAUGGGCCUCCGGCCCAAACCCACCACCCCAAAUCCCAAUCCUCGCCGCCGACACAACCGACCCGUUUUCUCUCCGGCACCUCGCUUCCCAGACUAAGAUCAUUCUCAACUGUGUCGGCCCGUUUCGUCUUUACGGCGAGCCCGUUGCUGAAGCAUGUGUUGAUUCGGGCUGCGAUUACUUGGAUAUAUCUGGAGAGCCUGAGUUUAUGGAGAGGAUGGAAGUGAAGUAUCAUGAUAAGGCUGUGGAAAAUGGUUCGUUGGUUGUUUCGGCUUGUGGGUUUGAUUCUGUUCCUGCUGAAUUGGGGUUGAUGUUCAAUUCAAGGCAGUGGUUGUCCCCGGCUGUUCCUAAUUCGGUUGAGGCUUACGUUAGUUUAGAAUCGGAUAAGAGAAUUGUUGGAAACUUUGCAACGUAUGAAUCAGCGGUGCUUGGCGUGGCUAAUGCGGAUAAAUUACUGGAGUUAAGACGGAACAGACCAAAGAGGCCUCGUCCUGUGAUUCCUGGUCCUCGUCCUCCUAAUGGUCCGUUGAUGGACCACCAAAAGGAAAUUGGCGUUUGGGCUGUAAAGUUACCAUCAGCAGAUGCCAUUGUAGUCCGAAGAACACUUUCAUGUUUGGCUGAAAAUCCUAAUGGUUUACCAGGUGUUAAUGAAAGCACUGAACAUGUUGAGAGGAGGGAGGCAUUUUGGUCAAGCAUAAAACCAGCUCACUUCGGUGUGAAGAUAGCUUCAAAAUCUGUAUUAGGUGUUGUUCGUUUCAUUACAGUUGGUGUGUUCAUUGGUCUCUUUGCUAAAAUUGGUAUAGGGAGGUGGCUGCUAUUGAAAUUCCCUUCAUUGUUCAGUCUUGGAUGGUUCAGGAAAAAAGGUCCAACUGAAGAUGAAGUGGCAAGUGCUACCUUUAAGAUGUGGUUUGUCGGACACGGGUUUAGCGAUGGCAGUCUUGCAUCUCAAGGAAACAGGAAGCCUGAUACGGAGAUAAUUACAAGAGUAAUGGGACCUGAGGUUGGUUAUUUGACAACUCCGAUCAUUCUAGUCCAGUGUGCUCUCAUUUUGCUCAAGGAACGACACAAUCUUCCAAAGGGAGGUGUUUUACCGCCCGGGAUCGUGUUUGGACCAACAGACCUCCAAGACAUGCUUCAACAGAAUGGAAUAUCUUUUGAUGUUAUUUCAAAGAAUACUGUCUAACUUAAUGUUUGUGCCCUUUUAGUCGCAUGGGGAAACCCGAACUUCUUCCUAAGGGAAAAUGAAACUAAUUACUUUUGCUUUAA